AUGGUUGUAUGGGAACACCUAGAUGUAUCAAAAGCCCAUGUGGCAUAUGCAUGCGUUGGUGUAUUUUCAUGUAUCUUUUCGUUGGUUUCGCUUUUCGUUAAGGAAAGACUGUAUAUUGGUGAGUCGACUGUAGCGGUUAUUUUUGGUUUAAUUGUGGGUCCUCAUUGUUUGGACUGGUUUGAUCCUAUAGCAUGGGGGAAUACUGAUUCGAUAACUCUAGAGAUCUCGCGCAUCGUUUUAUGUUUGCAGAUCUUUGCUGUCGCGGUCGAGUUACCGAAGAAAUAUAUGUUAAAGCAUUGGAUGUCCGUAACAAUGUUAUUAGUUCCAGUUAUGACUACAGGUUGGCUAAUUAUUGGUUUGUUUGUCUGGAUACUAAUCCCGGGUUUAGAUUUUUCAUCUAGUUUGUUAAUUUCCGCAUGUAUUACUGCAACUGACCCUAUUUUAGCACAGUCAGUUGUGUCUGGUAAAUUUGCAGAAAGAGUGCCUGGGCAUUUAAGGAAUUUAUUAUCGGCUGAGUCGGGCUGUAAUGAUGGUAUGGCAUUUCCGUUUAUUUAUUUAUCAUUAAAUUUAGUAAUCUAUCCAGGUAAUAGUCGUGAAAUUAUGAAAGAUUGGUUAUGUAUUACUAUACUUUAUGAAUGCAUAUUUGGUUGCAUUUUAGGCAUUGUGAUAGGCUAUACAGGGAGGAGAGCGAUUAGGUAUGCAGAAGAAAAACGAAUAAUAGAUCGUGAGUCCUUUUUAGCGUUCUAUGUGGUUCUAGCCAUGAUGUGCGCAGGUUUCGGUUCCAUUUUAGGUGUUGACGACCUACUAGUAUCGUUUGCCGCUGGUGCAGCGUUUGCUUGGGAUGGUUGGUUUGCGAAAAAGACCGAAGAGAGUAAGGUUUCAACUGUUAUAGAUUUGCUAUUAAAUUUGGCGUAUUUUGUCUAUUUCGGUGCCAUCAUACCAUGGCAAAAGUUUAAUGAUCCUAGUAUUGGCACGCAUAUUUGGCGGUUGAUGAUUCUUGCUGUUGUCGUCAUUACAUUGCGUAGAAUUCCAGCAGUUUUGGUAUUCAAGAGCAUGAUCCCUGAUAUUAAGUCGUGGCGUGAAGCACUUUUUGUCGGUCACUUUGGUCCAAUUGGUGUUGGGGCAAUUUUUGCCGCAAUAUUGGCUAGGGCAGAGUUGGAAGCGCAUGCAACUGGGGAAGAAACUCCAUUAAGAGAGCUACCAGCACAUGGAACAACACAUUGGCAGUUAAUAGCAUGUGUCUGGCCUAUCGUUUGUUUCUUAAUUGUGACUUCGAUCAUCGUUCAUGGCUCCUCUGUUGCAGUCAUUACUUUAGGUCGUCAUUUGAACACCAUUACUUUGACUAAAUCUUUUACUACCCACACAACUAAUGGAAAUAAUCGUAGUUCUUCCUGGAUGCAGAGAUUACCUGGCUUGGAUAAAUCAGGUCGUUCAUUUUCAUUACAUCGGAUUGAUACAUUAGCUCCUCCGGAGGUUCUAACGAGGGCUGGUACAGUUGAAACAAGUGGUAUUCCGGUCAAGCCUGUAGGUGGAAUGAAGAGAAGACAAAAGAAGCUAAGCAGAAAGAGCAAAGCAAAGGAGAUGUUUAGAACUGCUUCAAAGCGUAGUGAUUUUGAGCCCAUUGAUAGUGUCGCGCUAAAAGAAGAAAGGAUGGUACGUGAAAGACAAGCAAAAGCGGCCGCAUUUGCUCUAAGUAGGGAAGAUAAAUUGGACUACGAAGAAAAAGAUCUAGAAGACGAAUAUCAAAAUGAACAAGAUUCAAAAGAUGAUGCCUACCACUCUAGUCAACAGUCUUUGAAUUAUAACUCGAAUAGUACUCCCAGUGAUUUUCGGCAUAGUAUCGGAAUGGAUGACAGGAGUAAUUACAAGAAUACUCCUGCCAAUACUUCUAAUGACGAACGCAUCCAAUUUCCUUCGGUUAGUGGUAGUUCUUCCAAUGCUUAUGAGGAGAAACUAGCAGAGAGCAGCCCAGAUUAUAAUGAUGACCAGCAUCCCACUAUUGCAUAUCAAGAAGGGAAUAAUCUCAUCCUUGAAAAUAAGCAAGGAGAGAUCGUGGCUCAAACAAUGGUAUGCAGACCUGGUAAGGAUCUAGAGGAUGGUAGCGGGGGCAGUUCCCGUUCCGAUCUUCCGGCGGAGAAGAGGCACUCUUUGAGAAAGGUGGUUUCCCCUUUAUUCUUGAAAAAGUCAACCUUAAUUCAGGACGAACGUGGUGCUAAAUACCAUGCGUAUAAAGUUAAUGACACCUUGAUCAUUGAAAAUGAAGAUGGGGAAGUCUUGAGGCGUUAUAAAAUCAACAGGCACGAUUCAGGUAAAUCUUCAACUUCUGUUAAGAAAAGAAGUUCAAGUGUUGUCUCCAAGGCGCUUUCUGCAGUUGGUCUAGGUAGAUCAUCUAAUUCCUCGGUCCGAUCCCUUCCUGCAACUGAAGAUGUUCAAAACGUAGCUGAAAAUCCACAGAAACAUAUCCAACCGCGUAAAUUAACCCCAGUUCCUUCGGUACAUUCAGAUGCACCCUUUGAAGAUGAUGACGAAGAAUUUUCUGAACUUUCUGACGGCUAUGAUUAUACGGCGAAUGAUGUAGUACAUAAAGGAGUAAAUGAAGAAGAAGAAACUGCAAUUGAACGUGUUAGAAGAUUAACAGCUUUGGGGGAGUAUUCGGCCCCAAGAGAUGAUGAUGAUGAAGAAGAUGUUCCGCAUGCUGUUCUGCAAAGUAUAGCCGGUGGUAACCCAAAUAAUGACAACAGAAAUGUUAACACUAAUACAUCAACUUCAAAAACCAGAACUGCUUUAGGCCUACCUUUCCAUAAAUAG